AUGACAAUCAUGAUAAGUAAAUAGAAGAAGUGUUUAAGGCUGAUCCAAACAUUCCCAUACAUAAAUUUCAAACCCAAAAAUAAUUUACAGGUAAUUGGUAAUAUAGUGAUAAGAAAUCCAAAAGUUUUGCAUUUGGCAUGUCUCCAUAACAAUACAAAACUAAUUGAACUCACAUUGACAUACUGUAGAAAUUCUAACCUAAUAAAUUAAACUCAAAUGAUCGAAUUCAUUAAUUUAUAGAAUAAGGAUGGAUUUACUCCUUUACUUAUGGCAUCCUUUAAAGGAAAUAUAGAAAUCAUAAAGUUAUUGCUCUAAAUAGGAGCUAAUUCGAAUAUAAAGAAUACAGCUGGAUUGUCUGUUCUGCAUAUGUCUGUUUAGGGCGAUCACGUCAAGGCUAGUGUAUUAUCUUUGAAUAUUUAGUUAUUUUGGAUUAAUCAAAAUAUUCCUAUUGAUAUAUUAGAUUACAAUCAUCAAACUCCUUUGAUUUGUGCUUCUUUUUUAGGUUCUUAACAAAUGGUUAACUUUCUAAUUCCUUGGGGUGCCAAAUUGAACGCUCAGACAAAAGACAAAGGUCAUACUGCUUUGCAUGUAGCAACCUAAUAAGGACAUUCUCGGAUUGUGAGAAAAUUAUUGAUCAAAGGAAUAGAUAGAAAAAUCAAAGAUAAGAAUGGAAAAACUGCGCUUGAUUUAGCCAUAGACUCUAAAUUUAAAUCAAUUUAAACUAUGAUAGAAAAUAAAAUGGGUUUGGCUGAACGAUGUGGUUUGAGAUAACCAGAUUCAAAAGUUGAAAAGAAUUACAUAUCAAUGACUAUCUAUCUAUCCCUUUAUUGCAGUUCCUUUCUUCUGACUAUUUCAUUCACUUUGCCUUGUAACAUAUAUCUCAUGACUAAAUCAAGAUUUAGAAUCCUUUUAGGCUUGGUACAUCACAGCAUGUAGUCUAACUCUCCUUUUGACUUGGGUUCUCGUUAAAAGAAAUCCAGGCUUUGUGCCACGCUCAAAUAAAACCUUAAUGGUAGGGAUCUAUUAGAUGCUUACUCCGUAGAUUAAAUCUGCCCAGACUGUUCAGAUGUAAAACCCCCCAGGUCGAGACAUUGCGAAAUAUGUUUGAAGUGCGUUUAUAAAUAUGACCAUCAUUGUCCUUGGCUUUCUAAUUGCAUAGGAGAGAAGAACUAGUAUAUAUUCCUGGCCUUCCUUUUUACCUUGAUUGCCAGUAUGGUUUUGUAGAUAGUAGUCCAAUGUUAAAUUUUGAAUUUGCAAUAAGAAGAGGAAGAGGUGGAAUUAGGUUAUGUGAUUUAAUAGAUAACAUUUUACUAUACGAUGAUUGUAGGAUGCUUGUUUAUUUUGCCUGUGAUGUUAUUAUUUACAGUUCAAAUCUAUAAUUUAAUUAAAGGGCAAACAACCUAUGAACGAUAUAUUGAAAGAUAAGGGAUAAAUAGAAUGCAAUCGAGAAAAGCAAGUGCGGAAUAGUAAUUAAAACUUAUAAAGAGUGCUGCCAGCACAGAUACAAGUGAGAGCGAGUUUAAAUUUACAAUAAAAAGUUAAAAGAAACCUUUGCUUAAGGAAACUGAAUUAAUUGUAUGA